AACAACCGAACGAAAUUCUAGGAAAUGAGUGGAUUUCAAGGCACUAACAUGAGUGCAGGUCCUCUUCCUGUAAAGGAGACCAUCUACAUAAGCACUGCACCUCCGCCGGAACCAGCGAUACCGCCAUCUGUUAACGUGACCGUUACCAACAAUGGCUACUGGGCCAGAAUGAACAGACAGACGGCAACGUCUAGUGCGGUUUUCUUUUUCUUUGUCUAUGGGGGUAUGGACUUUGCCGCCAGCUUGGGCUGGGAUCCAACCUUCAGUGUCCUCAUGUCCACCGAAUUCUCAUAUAGCUGGUUCAUAGGCGUUAUAAUAGGAGCACUGGCUGCCAUGGCCACCAUGACAUUUAUGCCCAAGCAGGUCUACUAUGUCUUUGGAGGUUUAAUGCAGCUUACUGGUUCCAUUAUCUUUACCGCUGCACCCGAUGACUACUCCUGCUGCCUGGCCGCUCGCUAUGUGGCUGGUGUGGGCAUCGGUUUCAUCACCGUUCCAUUCAUCAUUCACAAUGCCGAGGUGACGGGAACCAAUCAGCGGGGCGCAACCGGAGGACUGGAGCAAUGUGGCCUGGCCAUUGGUGUAGCCGCCCAAGUGGUUUACACUACGGAGUGGCUCACAUUUCUUGAUGGCAGCCCGAACUUGGUGCACGGCAUCCUUGGCAUUGUGUUCUCCUUGUUGGGCCUAGGAACUUGCGGUUUGGCCAUCGAGUCACCGGUCUUCUUUCUGCAACGCAAUCAGGAGCAGAAGGCACGCAGUUGCCAAAUGCAACUUGUGGGCAAUAACACCGGUGUUGCCAACAAGUACUUCGAGGAGGCACGAAUCUAUGUGGUGGAGAGCAGCAGCCGCAGUCUUGGCGAGGAGCUGGUCGCCUCCGCGAUGCCCUUUGUCAAGCUUCUCCUAUUCCGCUGCUGCGUUGCGUUCUCCUUUUCCCUGCCGCUGACCAGCUCCAUAAUACAUAGCAGCCGCUUUGUUGAGGGCAUGUCCCUCACCUGGCAGCUGUAUGUGUGGGGAUGUCUCCGCCCGAUUGGCACCCUGGUGGCCCUCUGCUUUCUGGACACGAUUGGACGCAAGGCGGUGUCGCUCGUUGGUCUACUCUGCAUGGCGGGACUGAUGCUCGGCAUGGCGGGUCUUUACGAUGACUUGUUGAGCUUCUACACUAUGGCACAGGUAUGCAACAUUGGAAUGGCCUUCCAGGCCUUUGCCGGACUCUUCAUCUGCAGCUCCUCGGUGUACCUGGGUGAGGCUUUCCCUCUGCGCUUGAAACCCCACCUGGUUGGACUGAUUGUAAUCGUGGAGCAGGUGAUCCAUGUCAUCGUAAUUGCAUGCAUUGGCCCUGGAGUAGAAGUCAAUUUCUUUGCGUACUUCCUGUCCGUGGGCAUUAUAAUGCUCCUGUGUGUGAUCUUCUUUGCUGUCUCCAUGCCGGAAACGAAGAGAAUGACACUGAGGGAGGCUGGCCACCGGUUUCAGAAGUGGUACGAUGUGACAAUAUACUAAGCUUGAGAAUCUGAAUUAGGCACUCACCUACUUGUUAAAAUUUAUGUUUGCUUUUAAUAAAUAUAAUUAGAUUUGUAAACAAAUGUUUAAAGCUUGAA